CUAAGGUUCGAAUUUGUUAGCCUGUCCUUUUUUGCUUUCACAACAAGCAUUGUGUUAGUCACUGGUCAUUUAAUAAAAUAUUGAACAAGUCAAUGGUUUCUUCCUUCUGUUUAUCUUUUGUUCAAAUCUCUUAGACUUCAAAGGGAGGAUCCAACAGAAGUACAAAAUUCCUAUUUGUCUAAAUCUUCCAUUAGACAAGCUCAAUCGGGGAUAUGGAGGAUCAGACAGAAGUACGAAAUUCCGAUUUUUCUACUUCCAUGUAUAGCAACUUAAAACAAGAUGAAGUAGCUAUAGUCAUGGUUCCAUUUCCAGGACAAGGUCAUCUCAAUCAACUUCUUCAACUUGCCUGUUUAAUUUCAUCAUCAUAUGAUCUUCCUGUCUAUUAUGUUGGCACAGCUACUCUUAACCGUCAAGCCCGGGUUCGAGCCAACAGCCUAAAUCCUUCAGACAUAGGCAAAAUCCAUUUCCAUGACAUCCCAACUCCUGAAUUUGCCUCACCUCCACCUGACUUUAAUGCCUUGAGUAAAUUCCCAUCACAUCUUGAGCCAUCAUGGGAGGCUUGUAUGCUUCUUCGCGAGCCCAUUGCUUCCUUCUUAUUUGAUAUUUCCUCAAAGUCAAGACGAGAAAUUGUUAUUCAUGAUUCUUUAAUGUCCUACAACGUUCAGGAUGUUUCUUCCUUGCCCAACGCUGAAUCCUAUAUAUUUAAUUGCAUUUCAGUGUUCACUUUCUACUGUUUGAUAUGCUUAUCCAUUGGAAUGACUGUUCCACUCGAAGAGGAGUUGCUUAAAAAGUUACCUUCCCUUGAAGGAAUUAUGACAGAUAAAAUAAGAGAUCGUGGAGCUUCUCAGAGUCCAUAUUUGGAUAUUAAAUCAGGUGAUAUUCAUAAUACAAGCAAAGUAAUUGAAGGCAAGUUUCUUGAUUUGUUGGCACAAGUAGCAAGUGACCAGAACAAGAAACAGUGGGCAAUUGGACCAGUUUUGCCUACUAAACUAGAUCGUAUCUUGAAUAGGGAGAAUAUAUGUUUGGAUUGGCUUAACAAUCAACCUUCAAGAUCAGUUCUUUAUAUAUCUUUUGGAACAACUACCUCAUUUUCCGAUAGGGAAAUCAAGGAGCUCGCGAUGGGAUUAGAGCAGAGCAAACAGAGGUUCAUAUGGGUGUUGAGAGAUGCCGAUAGAGGAGAUAUCUUUACCGGGGAAGCUAGAAAAAUUGAGCUGCCUGAAGGGUUUGAGGAAAGAGUAAAAGGGGUUGGGUUAGUGGUAAGAGAAUGGGCACCACAACCAGAAAUCUUGGCUCAUUCGUCCACAGGCGGGUUCAUGAGUCAUUGUGGUUGGAAUUCUUGUUUAGAGAGCAUUACUAUGGGGGUGCCUAUAGCUGCUUGGCCUAUGCACUCUGAUCAACCAAUGACUGGUUUCAUGGUGACGGAAAUAUUGAAAAUAGGUCUGCUUGUUAGAGAGUGGGAGAAACGAGAGGAGCUGGUGAGUGCAUCAACAAUUGAGAAUGUCGUGAGGAAGCUGAUGGCAUCAGAAGAAGGUGACAUGAUUCGAAAAAGAUCUGAAGAAUUGGGCGAAGCUGUAAGGCAGUCAACAGAGGAAGGGGGAGCUUCUCGAAUGGAAUUGGAUUCAUUCAUCAAGCAUAUCACAAGAUAGAACAUUUGGAGGGACAUUCCAUCAAUUAAAGACUGUUUUCCUUCAGAUGUUGUGAACUUCUCAAUUCAUCCAGAGUGAUUGAAAGUUUGUACCUUGACUUAAUGGCUAAAGAAUUUGAGGACACAAAACUAUGGGCUAAAUCACAAAUGGGCGAAACAUGCAUUGAAGUUUGAACAUGCUCAUUCCUAAAACAUAAAUGUUACAACUAAUAAGAACAUAAACAUACAACAAAAAGUUCAGCAUUUGGAAGGUAGCAUCAGAUUGUCUCUCAAAUAAGAUUCAAUUCCUUGCAUAUAUGCAAGAUAAAAACGUAGAAGUCAUCAUCUUAAUCUGAGGGAGGUAAAAUUAAAUAAAGACAGUAAUUAAUAAUGUGAAGAAUCAAAGAAUUUUCUGGAGAGAUGUAAAUCUACUGUGAUUGCUAUGCUAUGGAUGUAGACCUUAAGGCAAUUAUUUCCCACAUCAGCUUGUUCGUGUUCAAAAUAUUUCUUGCAGAAUCCCCAGCAGCAGUGCAGCAAUUAUGUAACUCAAUUGACUCCAAAGUACAAAUUUCCCCAAAAUCUGUGGGAAUUUCCUUCAGGUGGUUGCAUUUCUUCAGAACAAGGCGUUUUAGAUUUGGGAAGUUGUCACAUGUAGCUUCCCAACAUUCAAAAUAUAGCUCGCUAAACAGCAACAACUUCAAGCAUCCGAACUUGUCUUCAUCACUCAAUCUCCAUACUUCACCACUAACUGCAAACUUUUUAUUUGAGCUCUUCAAGAUUUGGCAACGUGACAAGACUUGAUAGGUCUUCCCAAGGAAAAUGAUAAUUGCCAGCUAAAGUCAACCUCCUGAGAGAUGUUGGGAAAACAAAACUCUUGAUGGAGAUUAUUGGCCAAGACCAAGAAGUAUAUCUGGCACACUUCAAUACUUGGAGUUUUGUCAAGCUGGACAUAUCAAAGACGAUAUUGGCCUUACGCUCAGUUCUUGAGUAAGCUGUUAGAUGGGCGAUCAAUCUUUUUAGAUUGGGAAUGCUAGAGAAGACUUCAUGUGUACAAUUAGUGAAACAUAGACAGGAAAGUUCCUCUAGAUUUUGCAUACUUUCUCUUCUAGGACUGGGUAAACAACUAGCUCUCCCCAUAUGUAUAUGCCUAAGUUUUUCAUCAUCCAUAUCUUCCCUGGUAAAGUUUUAUCUGAAAAA